AUGGAGGACGUUUGUAGUCUGAGUAUUAUAGGCCAGCGUACUUUCGACAAGGACUCCUUUGGUUAUGAUCGCUUAGGCGAGAUUGCCCAAGUUGCUGAGCGGGCGUUGUCUGUCAAUGCAACAAACGUUGUACGUCACGAUCUCGAUAGGCAGGUUGAGGUUAAUGACAUUUUGAGUCAAGAACUUGCACCUGUAGACCCGACCCAGCAACAUCCACCAGACCUCCGAGGCGUUCGUGCAGGUCUGAGCAUGGGCGUGGGGGGCAAGAGACAAUCACGCCCACUCAGCCACAUCAGUCCUCCCAGCAUCAGCAGUCUCAUAUCCCCUUCACUGACGUCUCCACAUCAGUCUCCCCAUCAUUCUUCCCCGACCCAACAGGCGUUUUACCGUCCCAUUAUGUCUCCCCAGCACCAGCAGUCCCAUUUUGCCUUCACUCAAUUUUCCUCCCUUCAGACUUCUCAGCCUCAGUUUGGAGAUGCUUUUAUUGACUUUUCUGGGUUCCAGCAGAGUUCUCUAGAUGGCCAGUCGAUACAUUACAUGAGUAACUUUCUUUCGAGUAUGUUCGAGGGUAUUGCGGGUCAGCAUCAGGCUAAUGACCCAGCUAGAGACCAGCAUGAUCAGUUUGAGGGUCAGGGUUAUCAGCGCCAUGAGGAGCAGGGAUCGAGUAAGACUCUAGGGACUCCACCGUUGGCUGUGAGUAAAGGCCAGAGAGUGACGAAGGAGCCCGAUAGAUUGACUUAUAGCCAUUUUCGGGCUAAAAAGCCCAAGAAGAAGUAG